AGUAUUUAGCUAGUUAAUCUUGUCUGCUUCACAGUGGUCAAAACAACGUCCACAUUAAGGUUUUUAUUGUUGUGAUUUAGAGGAUUGUUAACAUCCUGGAACUUAAAAUGAAAUAUUUAACUGCACCGCAUCACAUACUUAUCCCAGGUCAUCUUUAAUUCGCGUUGGCGACAAGGCGUGGUUGAUAGAUGUUAUCUAGAUAACGCUAGCUAGCUGCAAACAAUGGCUAACUGUAUGGUUUUUCACACUCAAAUAGCCUCCAUCAUGGAGGUGCUAGCAAAUGCAGCCGUGGCAGAGAUCUGUAAACUUGUAGACGAUGACUAUGCAGUGUUUCGUUUGGAAAUAACUCAAAGCCAGAAAGAAAACAGGGCAUUGCGGAGGAAACUACUGGAACUGAAGGUGGCACGGGAGCGCGCAGAGAGGACAAUGCGAGAGCGCGUCCUUGCCAGUCGUCCCAGUAGUGUCAAAAAUCUCGAUCGAUACAGAGGAAUGGCAAGAGGUGAAGGACAUCUCACUGGAGGCCACAGGAUCUCUGUGAAACCAGCAGAACACAAUACAUGGAGAGAUGACCAACCAAUCACUGUUGAUGAGGGGAGUAGAACCUCAACCCAGCACGUUAUCGUGAUAGAGUCUGCAGAUGCAGAGCCUGCAGGUCCUGGGGUCAAACAGGAGAGGUCUGAAGGAGAGGAGAACCAACUCAACGGCAGAGACAUCCAGACUGGGGCAGAUGGAGCGCCCCUUGUAGCCACGGAGGACCCCACCAACGCCCCAGCGCAGCUCAGGACCCAAUGCAGUAUCACGGAGGAGGAGGAGGGUCCAGAGGUGCUGCUGGUGAAGGGGGAGGGGUGUGAGGAGGGUCUGUGGAAGCCUGAGGGGAACAUGGUCAUGGAGGACAACCAGACUACACCUCCUCCUGAACCCACAGAGGAACCAGCUGAGCAGCACAGGACCACACACAGUCUCACUGAGUCAGUAGACAUGGAGGAAUGGAAGCCUGAUCUGCUGCUAGUCAAAGAGGAGACAAUAGAGGACGGACAAGAGAGCAUUGACCUGCUGAGUGGACUAACGAUGGGGGAGCAAGGUGGUUGGCUGGAGGCUAACAGAGGAGACUGGGUGGCCAACUUGGUUUCCCAAACCCAGACAGGUGCAGCCAAAGGCCCUGGGGACGACAUCACUGAGCAAGCCAGGACCAUAGGCGACAUAGUGGAGUCUGCAGUCCAUGAGGACCUGCUGAUAGCCGGUGUUGCUGGUAGGAGAGACUGGACCUCUGAAGCAGCUGGUCACAAACCCUGGCCCCGGAUCAGGACAGUGGAUCAAGAGCCGUCACUAUUCCUUCCUGAUUCAGAUUCAGGACGGAACCACGAGGGACAAAGACUCGACCAUCACGCAGAACACAACCAGUGGACAGGUGGACUGAACAACCUCAGUCCUGGUGGUCAUCAGAGAGACAGAGGCUCAAGUCAGGGAUCCAGUCUGCAGCCCAGACCCUUCUCUUUACAGUCUCAGUGCAGGGAUGAAGCAGGGCCUGGGGCUGAUAGAGAUAGACCCUCCUGUUCCUAUGAUACAAACAGCACAGUAUCCAUGAUGAACAGAGCAUGUCACCCUGGGGUUCAGCCUUUACAGAGAGUGACAGGCGCCCCCCCUGGUGGUAGUCUAUCAGCAAGUCGGUCUUCUCCGUCAGGGUCUUGUCUAAUGACUGGUGAAUGGGUUCAUAGAAGGCCUGGACCUGGGCCUAGCCUUCCUCGGUUACCUCAUGGUUACCCUACCAAUACAGACCGGGUCAGGAUGGGUGUUCUCCACAAGAGGUACUUAUGCUAUAACACAGCACACAAUCCCAACAACACCCAAACAAUUGCUAGAGGUCAAGGAAGGAGCUCAAAGACUAACCACCUGACGGUGGUGGCUCCUGCUUCUACUUCCUCUGGUGUCAUUGGGUCACAAUGUGGGAGGCCGAGCAUGAGGGCGGACCCAGACAAGCCGUAUGCCUGCCCCACGUGUGGGAAGCGCUUUGCUGAGGUGAACUAUGUGAAGAAGCACCAGAGGGUCCACACAGGGGUGAAACCCUUCAGCUGUACCCAGUGUCACAUGCGCUUCGCCCAGGCUGGUGACCUGAGGAGGCACCAGAGGGUCCACACAGGGGAGAAACCCUACAGCUGUCCCCAGUGUGAGAAGAGGUUCUCCCGCCAGUACCAGCUGAAUGUGCACCUGAAGGUCCACACGGGAGAAAAGCGGUUAUUGUCCUGCUGAAAGGUGAAGUUGUCUCCCAGUGUCUGAUGGAAAGCAGACUGAACCAGGUUUUCCUCUAGGAUUUUGCCUGUGCGUAGCUCUAUUCCGUUUCUGUUUAUCCUAAAAUGUAUCCUUAGUCCUUGCUGAUGACAAGAAUACUCAUAACAUGAUGCAGCCACCACCAUGCUUGAAAUUAUGAAGAGUGGUACUCAGUGAUGUGUUGUUGGAAUUUUCCCAAAUAUAAAGCUUUGUAUUCAGGACAAAAAGUUAAUUUCAUCGACACAUUUUUUGCAGUUUUACUUUGGUACCUUAUUGCAAACAGGAUGCAUGUUUUGAAAUAUUUUUAUUCUGUACAGACUUCCUUCUUUUCACUCUGUCAAUUAGGUUAGUAUUGUGGAGUAACCCGUGUGGACCUUCAGGUGCCUCUUCAGUGGAGUACAAUGUUGUUGAUUCAUCCUAUCAGAGCCAUUAAACUCCCUGAGCGGUUUCCUUCCUCUCCGGCAACUGAGUUAGGAAAGAUGUCUGUAUCUUUGUAGUGACUGGGUGUAUUGAUACACCAGCCAAAGUGUAAUUAUUAAGUUCAUGUUCAAAGGGCUAUUUAAUGUCUGCUCCCCCCCCCCCCCCAUCUACCAAUAGGUUCCCUUCUUUGUGAGGCAUUGGAAAACCUCCCUUGUCUUUGUGGUUGAAUAUGUGUUUUAAAUUCACUGCUCGACUGAGGGUACUUACAGAUAAUUAGAUAUUUCUGGGGUACAGAGAUGAGGUAGUCAUUCAUAAAUCAUGUUAAACACUAUUAUUGCACACAGAGUGUGUUCAUGCAGCUUAUGUGACUUAACACAUGCACAUUUUCACUCCUGAACUUAUUUAGGCUUGCCAUAGCAAAUGGGUUGAAUACAGACUCAAGACAUUUGAUUUUCAUUUUUAAAUCAUUUGUAAACAUGUCGAAAAACAUAAUUCCACUUUGACAUCAUGGGUCAUUGUGUGUAGGCCGGUGACAAAAUCUGAAUUUAACUAUUUUAAAUUCAAGCUUUAACAAAAAAGCAUGUUGCAUUUUGUGUUUGUACUGUGUAGGUUAUAUGAUGUUUACAAAUGCCUGUUUCAUGACUUCCAAUCAAAUAAAAAAUAAAAUCCCAAGAAACUUUUAAUGAGAAAAUAAAUGCAGUUUAUCAACGUGGGAGGCCGAGCAUCAAGCGGUACGCCUGCCCCACGUGUAGUAAGCGCUUUGCUAGGGCAAACUAUUUGAAGGAGCACCAGACCAUUCACACUGAGAGGUACUCUAAGUGCAAACUAUGUUACAAGAUCUUCUCUUUCCAGAGUAACUUUACCUGACAUAGGAGUGUCCACAACGGGGAGAUAUGGUAGCAGUGUAGCUUGAGAUGUACACAGGGGAUAUCUGAGAACCAUUCUUUAGUUGACAUAUUAUAAACUGAGCAAAAAAAGAAACGUCCCUUUUUCAGAACCCUGUCUUUCAAAGAUAAUUUGUAAAAAUCCAAAUAACUUCACAGGUCAUUGUAAAGGGUUUAAACACUGUUUCCCAUGCUUGUUCAAUGAACCAUAAACAAUUAAUGAAUAUGCACCUGUGGAACGGUCGUUAAGACACUAUCAGCUUACAGACGGUAGGCAAUUAAGGUCACAGUUAUGAAAACUUGGGACACUAAAGAGGCCUUUCUACUGACUCUGAAAAACACCAAAAGAAAGAUGCCCAGUGUCCCUGCUCAUCUGCGUGAACAUGCCUUAGGCAUGCUGCAAGGAGGCAUGAGGACUGCAGAUGUGGCCAGGGCAAUAAAUUGCAAUGUCCGUACUGUGAGACGCCUAAGACAGCGCUACAGGGAGACGGGACUUACAGCUGAUCGUCCUCACAGUGGCAGACCACGUGUAACAACACCUGCACAGGAUCGGUACAUCCAAACAUCACACCUGCGGGACAGGUACAGGAUGGCAACAGCAACUGCCCGGGUUACACCAGGAACGCACAAUCCCCCCCAUCAGUGCUCAGACUGUCCGCAAUAGGCUGAGAGGCUGGACUGAGGACUUGUAGGCCUGUUGUAAAGGCUGGUUCUCACCAGACAUCACCGGCAACAACGUCGCCUAUGGGCACAAACCCACUGUCGCUGGACCAGACAGGACUGGCAAAAAGUGCUCUUCUCUAACGAGUCGCGGUUUUGUCUCACCAGGGGUGAUGGUCGGAUUCGUGUUUAUCGUCGAAGGAAUGAGUGUUACACCGAGGCCUGUACUCUGAAGCGAGAUCGAUUUGGAGGUGGAGGGUCCGUCAUGGUCUGGAACGGUGUGUCACAGCAUCAUCGGACUGAGCUUGUUGUCAUUGCAGGCAAUCUCAAAGCUGUGCAUUACAGGGAAGACAUCCUUCUCCCUCAUAUGGUACCCUUCCUGCAGGCUCAUCCUGACAUGACCCUCCAGCAUGACAAUGCCAUCAGCCAUACUGCUCGUUCUGUGUGUGAUUUCCUGCAAGAUAGGAAUGUCAGUGUUCUGCCAUGGCCAGCUAAGAGCCCGGAUCUCAAUCCCAUUGAGCACGUCUGGGUCCUGUUGGAUCGGUGGGUGAGGGCUAGGGUCAUUCUCCCCAGAAAUGUCCGGGAACUUGCAGGUGCCUUGGUGGAAGAGUGGGGUAACAUCUCACAGCAAGAACUGGCAAAUCUGGUGCAGUCCAUGAGGAGGAGAUGCACUGCAGUACUUAAUGCAGCUGGCCACACCAGAUACUGACUGUUACUUUUGAUUUUGACCCACCCUUUGUUCAGGGACACAUUAUUCCAUUUCUGUUAGUCACAUGUCUGUGGAACUUGUUCAGUUUAUGUCUCAGUUGUUGAAUCCUGUUAUGUUCAUAACAUGUGUAAAUAUUUGUAAGUUUGCUGAAUAUAAACGCAAUUGACAGUUAGAGGACGUUUCUUUUUUUGCUGAGUUUAGUUUAGUUAUGUUAAGUGUCUUGGAGUAAUUAACCACAUACCCCUCAUUAACUUGUCAUUUGAAACAGACUUGAGUAAAUACAUGUUUUUAGAGAGACAGUAAACCUAGGCUAAAACAAGGACAGUUUAAUAUUUACCUUAAUGAGGUGAUGUAGAUGGAAUAAAGA